AUGGUCAGCAAAGCCAUUUCCUACCCAGGCUGCUUAACUCAGGGCUACUUCUACUCCCUUCUGGGCUACGUUGACUUUGUCCUUCUGGCUGUCACGUCCCAUGACCAUUACGUGGCCAUCUGCCACCAUCUUCAGUACCCCAUGCUCAUGAACGGUCAGCUUUGCCUUCAGCUACUGUUGGGCUUGUGGACUGCGGGCUUCCUGGCCACCGUUGUCUCCACAGUCUUGGUUGCCAAGAUGAUGCCCUUCUGCAGUGCCAAUCGAUUUGACCGCUUUUUCUGUGACAGCGUGCUUUUCAUCAAGUUGUCCUGUGCAGAAACACAGAUUGUUGAGCUGAUCACCUUCAUGCCUUUGUCCAUCAUCCUCCUGCACUUAAUGAACAUGACAGCAAUGGCCUACCUUUACAUCAUUAACACCAUACUUAGCUUGUCCUGCAUUUCCUCACAGCACAAGACAUUCUCUACAUCCUCUUCUCACUUCAUCAUUGUCAUCUUGGUCUAUCGUAGCUGCAUCUUCCUGUAA